UGUGGCUGUUCACCCCACUCAGGUUCGACCUGCCCAUCAGGCGUACCCUGCCGAUACGAGACGUCCUGUGGUAUUGUGCUGAAACAUGCAACAUGGCAGCAGCCAUGGAAACUGAACAGCCGGGCCUUGAAAUCUUUGAAACAGCAGGCCGUGAGGAGCAGGUCCAGAGAGAGGAGCAGCCAAAACUGGAACCUUUCUACGUAGAAAGGCAUUCCUGGAGCCAGCUUCGGAAACUGCUCACAGAUACACGGAAGUACCAUGGGUACAUGAUGGCAAAAGCCCCUCAUGACUUCACCUUUGUGAAGAAAAAUGAUCCUGAAGGACCUCAUUCUGACAGGAUUUACUAUCUGGCAAUGUCUGGGGAGAACAGGGAGAACACGCUCUUCUACUCUGAAAUUCCCAAAACCAUAAACAAAGCUGCCGUCCUGUUGCUUUCCUGGAAGCCUCUUUUGGAUCUUUUUCCGGCCAUCCUGGACUAUGGGAUGUACUCCCGUGAAGAGGAGCUGCUGCGGGAGAGGAAGCGAAUUGGCACCAUUGGAAUCGCCUCUUACGAUUACCACCGAGAAAGUGGCACCUUUCUCUUUCAGGCUGGAAGUGGAAUUUACCACGUCAAAGAUGGAGGCCCUCAUGGAUUCACUCAACAGCCUUUAAGACCCAUUUUGGUAGAGACCAGUUGCCCAAAUAUCCGGAUGGAUCCCAAGCUUUGUCCAGCUGAUCCAAAUUGGAUUGCAUUUAUCCAUAGCAAUGACAUCUGGAUAUCUAAUAUAGAAACUAGAGAAGAAAGGAGGCUGACAUUUGUGCACAAUGAACUGGCCAAUGUUGAGGAGGAUCCAAAAUGUGCUGGCGUGGCUACUUUUGUGCUGCAGGAGGAGUUUGACAGAUACACAGGCUACUGGUGGAGCCCAACGGCACAGCCAACACUGAAUGGGGGUAAAGUUCUUCGAAUUCUUUAUGAAGAAAAUGAUGAAUCAGAGGUGGAAAUUAUCCAUGUCACAUCACCCAUGCUGGAGACAAGGAGGACAGAUUCCUUCCGAUACCCCAAAACUGGUACAGCAAAUCCAAAGGUCACUUUCAAGAUCUCUGAAGUGACAAUCAAUGCAGAAGGCAGAAUUGCAGAUGUUGUGGAUAAAGAGCUAGUUCAGCCCUUCGAGAUCCUCUUCGAAGGAGUAGAGUACAUUGCUAGAGCUGGGUGGACGCCAGAAGGAAAAUACAUCUGGUCCAUCUUACUGGAUCGCUCCCAAACUCGACUUCAGAUAGUCUUGAUUCCUCCUGCAUUAUUCAUUCCCACAGAAGAUGAUGCAAUGGAAAGACAGAAACUUAUCGAUGCUGUACCAGAUUCUAUUACACCUUUCAUUAUUUAUGAAGAAACAACAGACAUCUGGAUAAAUAUUCAUGAUAUCUUCCACGUUUUCCCUCAAACCCAUGAAGAUGAGAUAGAGUUCAUUUUUGCCUCUGAGUGUAAGACAGGAUUCCGGCACCUGUACAAAGUCACCUCAGUUCUGAAGGAGAGCAAGUAUAAACGGUCGUGUGGAGGCCUCCCUGCUCCAAGUGACUUCAAGUGCCCCAUCAAAGAGGAGAUAGCAAUUACCAGUGGAGAAUGGGAAGUGCUUGGCAGACAUGGAUCCAAUAUCUAUGUUGAUGAAGCCAAAAAGCUGGUGUACUUUCAAGGCACGAAAGACUCCCCUCUAGAGCAUCACUUGUAUGUUGUUAGCUAUGAGACUCCUGGAGAGGUGAAGCGGCUGACAGAACGAGGUUACUCACAUGCCUGCUGUGUCAGCCAGGACUGUGACAUGUUCAUCAGCAAGUACAGUAAUCAGAAGAGCCCCCACUGUGUGUCACUUUACCGACUGACAGGACCUGAAGAUGGUGCAGCUCACAGGACAAAGGAAUUCUGGGCAACCAUUUUAGAUUCAGCAGGUCCUCUUCCUGAUUACAUUCCCCCAGAAAUGUUCUCCUUUGAGAGCUCCACAGGGUUUACACUCUAUGGGAUGAUGUAUAAACCUCACAAUCUGCAGCCUGGGAAAAAGUACCCCACUGUGCUCUUCAUUUAUGGAGGGCCUCAGGUACAGCUGGUGAACAACCGCUUCAAAGGAAUCAAGUAUUUCCGUUUGAACACUUUGGCCUCCCUGGGCUAUGUCGUUGUUGUCAUUGACAACAGAGGCUCCUGUCACCGAGGGCUGAAGUUUGAAGGAGCCUUUAAAUACAAAAUGGGACAAAUAGAAAUUGAUGACCAGGUGGAAGGGCUGCAGUACUUAGCAUCACAGUAUGACUUCAUUGAUUUGGAUCGUGUUGGCAUUCAUGGCUGGUCCUAUGGAGGCUACCUCUCUCUAAUGGCUUUAAUGCAGAGGUCAGAUAUCUUCAGGGUGGCCAUCGCCGGAGCCCCGGUCACGCUGUGGAUUUUCUAUGACACUGGGUACACAGAGCGCUACAUGGGUCACCCUGACCACAACGAGCAGGGCUACUACCUAGGCUCUGUGGCCAUGCAAGCUGAGAAGUUUCCUUCUGAACCAAACCGUUUGCUGCUGCUACACGGAUUCUUGGAUGAGAAUGUUCACUUUGCACACACUAGCAUCUUGCUCAGCUUUUUAGUGAGAGCUGGGAAACCGUACGACUUACAGAUCUACCCUCAGGAGAGACACAGUAUAAGGGUACCUGAGUCAGGAGAGCACUAUGAACUCCAUCUGCUCUAUUACCUGCAAGAGAAUCUGGGCUCUCGUAUUGCUGCCCUGAAGGCAAUGUAACUGACCUCUGCAGAACUCUGCUCUACUGGCUGCUCUACCCAGCGAGGAGAUGGGAAACUAGAGAAUGGGAUGGAAUGUUGCAUUUUGGUGCCUGCCACAUGUACACACACACCCCCACACCCACAGAGACACUUUUUCAAAGUAAAUUUGGUGCCAUACAGGAAAUUAAAGCACGGUGACCUAAUAACUCUAAAGCUUAAGAUGUAAAUAAAAUCAAAUGUCUGUAGUAUCAUGCAGUACCAUGGGUGCUCUCUUGGGGGAGGAGCUGAAACUGAAAAUAGUGUACUUCUACAGCACCAGAUCUUCACUUUUUAAAAGCAUUAUGACAUAACUGAUGUCUUUUUACAGUGUGUUCCUUGGUAUCUUACUACAUAAUACCGGGUGAUUUACUCACUACACAGCAAGAGUUUACCUGAAUGGUUACAACUUGUAUUACAUUUUAAAUGCUAUCAUAUAGCUUUUAUGCUUCAUGAAAGAGAUGUGUCUCACUCAUUAGAAGCUGGUCACAAGUUAGACACAUCACCUAACUAGAGGUUAAUUGUUUUUUUAAGAAGAAAGACUUUUAGGCUGCUUCCUAAUGAAUUUAAAUUUUGGAUUCAGUCCAGUUGAUGCCAGGUUCUUUUUCAGCGAAUUCUUCUCUCUCCAGGAUAAACCAUGCCCUUUUUCCUUUCAGCAGCUUGAGAUCCUAUCCUGAUUGUACUUGAUUUCAGUGAAAUUAUAUUUUACUGUGAUACAGGCGUAACAAUCUUUGAGAUGCAAACUAACGUAAGUCAAAGAGCUGAAGCUCUGUAAAAUUUAAAACAAGCUUAAAAUGCAGCCCAUUUCUUGUUGACAUUUUUCCCUGAUACUCAUUCUGGAGCUGUGUUUGCAGGACUGUUUUUUUACCGUCACAGCAGCAUGAUAGAGAUAUAUGCAUCCUGUUAGGACUUUAAAGUUCAAUACUCCAUAAUUCAAAGGUCUGCAGAGGAUUUGGUGAAGUGAGACAUUACAAACACUACAUGGGAGGCAGUGUGAACUGUUUCAUUGAAUUUCCUGCUUUAUUGGAGGGACAGUUUCCCAGGCUCAUACUCUGUUCAGUCCUCCACCCCGGGUCCUUUCUAGCACUGCUGUGUAGCAUGAUUAUGAUGCUGUAUUUGAGAUCUCCCUGUCUCCUGUAUAGCUUAAAGUAACCCUGCUAAGCCUCAAGGGUAUAUAAUCCCAGUUGUGUUUUUGCUAGUGAGGUUUUAACUAAGCAGCAAGCUUGGCUGAAAAGCCUAAGCGUGUGAAGUCACUUUAACUUGCAACGGGUUCUUUAGGAUAGAAAUCCAUAGCAAAAUUAUUGCCUUUAAUCCAGGAAAUUCUCCCCUUGGGGCUUGCCUCUGAGCCUUCUCUAAGUUUUAAUGGUUUUAAUGGUUUUCUUAGAAACCUAAGAACUUCCUUUUCUUUCUGUUUUGGUGCUAGAGAGAAGCAGAGCAUGAUUUCCUUUUCAUCUUCUGAAAAAUCUGGAAUCACUCUCAGUGUUUACGCUCUUAGUACUCCACAUGUUGUAACCUUGUAUUUUCCUUGCUUUGGUAUUGUUCAGCUUGAUCCCCAAACUCUGGGAUUUAACAGAGCUUGGCUGUUUUGUAUCAAACUGCAUCGUUUUUCAGUUAGGCUGCUGGGCACAGGCACCAAAGCUUUGGAGCUGGUGCAGUUACAUGGUUGUAAAGUCAGUGUGUGAGAACAGGAUCUGCUUUUUGGGUUGCACAGGACAGCCAAAGCAAAAAGACUGCAGUAAAUGCACAUUUCCCUCAGAGUGGGGUUGGUGGUUUGGGCUGCUUUCUGGUUUUCACAUCACAGCAAAUGUAAGUGGAUGAAUUAAAAUAGCCAUUAGCGGGUUAGUAACAGGCUUACAGUUUUAUGUUGGGAAUUGCAUGGCUGGGGGGAAGCUCAGCUCUGGUGAAGUCUUCCCUUGGUGGCAAUUUGUGAUUUGAAGUGAUGGAGCAUCCCUGUGGAUGUACCGUUGGGAUGUAUCCCUAUAGCCAGGACUGAGAGAUGGAUUCAUGUGUUGAGGCAUUGAAACUAGAACCAGAGAGCAGUGAGUGGGGCCAGGUCUAAGCUGUUCCUGCAGAAUUCCAUUGUUCCUUCUGUGUCUAUGCUGUAUUAUAUAUACAUAUAUCUAUAUCUGUUCAUAUAUACAUAUAUGUAUAGAAUCACACCUGGAGAACAUCACCUUUCCCAGGUUGUUUAUAUUUUGUUCAGUAUUAAAUUAACUUGCUUUUUGGGGUGUUUUGGUUCUUUUUCUAGAGGUAAUUACCCUUGAAUGUAAAUGUGUCUGAUUUUUAAGAUGAAAUUGAUUUUUUUCUUUAGGAAAAAAAAAAAAAAGAACAAAAAUGGCCUUCAUCAAACAGUGCUUUUUGAGGAAAUGAAGAGCUAAAUGUUAUGCAAGUAAACCAGGCAAGGUUUUCCUUUAGCACAGGCUGUGACUAAAAGUGCUGACAUACAACUUUCUAAUAAUACAUCCUUCCAUUGUUUUAAAUACAUAUUGAAAAGCUAUUGAAGUCCAGCAUACUGUAAGUACUCUCUUUUGCCACAUAAAUUAUGUAUUUCCUUCUUUCCUACAUGUUCUUUUUUUUUCUUUUUUACAGUAGUUAAGCACUUUAAGACCCCAUUCUCUCUUAUCCUGUGGAAAUGCUGGGAGGAUUUACCAUCAGAGAUUUGUAGUUCUUGCAAAAGACUCCUGCGUGUAGGUGAAGGUGUGAGAGAAGCCUUACAUGAGGUCUGAUCCAGCCCUAUGCAGUCAACAACUCUAUUCCCAGUGACAAGAAGCACAAAGCCUGUUGCAUUUCAGACUGCUGAGGUAGGAAGGUGUCAGUGCUGAAGACUGAUGCAUCAGUAUUUUCAGGCUAGCAGUUUCUGCCACACCUCAUGGUGAAAUGUUGAUCCAGUGGUGGAACAUGGUCCAGCAGUCCAGCUGGCAUGGAGAGUGGUGGCUUUGCUCUGCUCUCUUCAUCUGGAGUUGCCUGCUCCAGGGUGAGGAGAUGGUACUGUCACUCAAGAAGAGGUUUCCAGCCCAUCUGAUAUUUGGAAUUAUGCUUUGACACUUCUUGCAUGUUUAAAGUGUCUUGGCUAAUGUGAGUUUUAAGCAGAACUAGUAAGGUCCUGAGGGAGUAAAUGCAAGGGAGGUUGUGGAGCAAAAAUACAUGAGGAGGAAUCAUCCCUGUGGCUCCCAUAACAACCGUCUGUAUUCCCCUUUAGAAGAUCUUCUGCUUUCAGCAGAGGUCUGCUCUGUGCCCAGCAGGAUGCCUGCUCUGAGCAGGAGCAGGAUGGAGCCUUCAUUUCUUGGUGGCUAUUAGUUGCACAGGUGUUUUUGAGAUUAAUGUUUUAAAGUCUUCGAUAAAAAUGGAAUAUGAGGAUCUGAGCAAUGAGUUGUGUUGAGUGUUGAUGCCAGCAGUUUGUUCUUGUUUGCAGUGGCUGGGAUUGAUUGUGCUAGUUUCUGGUGGAAUCAUGUUCUUUUGCCCUGUUUCAGCAUGGCUUCCAGUAAUUCCUCUUGAGUGUGAGCCUCAGAGCUGUCAGGUUUUCAUCCUCCACACGAGACUUGCACUCCCAAUCCCCCCAAACUCUUGUUUUCAAAUACAAAGUAGAAUUAGUAUCUACCCAGAACCCCUUGGUGAAAUAAUGAGUUUAAAGCAGCAAAUGAAGCUUUGAGAAUCAACUAACUUCAUUAUUUAGGCUGGAAAGUGCUUUCCCUGCUAUUGGCAUUUGGGAACAGGCUAUGGAAAUACUUUCUAAGCAGGAUGGUGUAGUAAUGCUGUAACCCUGGAGCAUCGUUGUGUCUGAGCCUGGGUGCUGAAUCACAGCGAGGCCUAGUGGGGCUCAGCCCAUGUUCCCUACCAGGAAUCACAGAUUCAUCGAGUGGUUUGGGUUGAAAGGGACCUUAAAGAUCAUCUAGUUCCAACCCCCACUCCAUGGGCAGGGACAUCUUCCCCUAGACCAGGUUGCUGAAGGCCUUGAAUGCCUCCAGGGAGAGGACGGCAGGAAGGGUGGGUUGUGUUUCUGCUGUGUGUCUGUGUAAGGCAGGCUGCUUGGCUGCUGCUGUGGUGCUCAGCUUCUGUCCAGGGGAUAACAGAGCAUAAUUAACUGACUCAGCCAGGUGAGGACACUGCCUUGGUUUGCCUGUUUACUCGAGUAGAGACUUUGCAUAGUGCCCCUCAGUUCUCUAGGCCGCUCCUUGGGAAGGGGAAGAGAGAUCUUUGUGCGUUUUUUACUGGGCUGUUCUGCACAGUAAAGUUCAGGUGUUUAAUUUUAGAACAUGAAGUGCCUGCUGUUUGCGUUAACAAAAUUGCAUGUCUCACUCCAGUGGGUUUAUUGGUCUCCCUCCCACCCCCCACCUCUCUAGCUACAUGGCUUUUAAUCAUGUAAAGUGGAGACAUUAGUUUUGCUGCGUUUUAUUACAAAACCUUUGUUGCAAUAAAGAUGCUGCUAAAUAAAUUGAAUUAAAUGGUUCCCCCCCUCCCUCCUA